UAAGUUCCGGUGAUGCCGUUUUCUGAUUGGGCGGUUUACGGUUCCGGCUGGGUAACAAGCAUGUUAUUUUGCGUUCCGUGUAUUUACGUUCUAAAAGUUUAGACUCGGUAAUUUGCUUUAAAUUUUAAAGUACCUUUAGUUGUAACGCACAGACUGCACUGAUUAUAACGUUUGCUUAUCUCAAUAAAUUAUGUUCUUCCCUUGACACAACAUAAUAGCGGCCCUCAGCAGCCCCCCCAUUGUUACAGCAAAAAAAUAAAAAAUUUAACGUAUGCAUGUAUAUUUUCUUUUGUUUCUCCCAUUAAUCCUAAACCUGUUCCACUUCUUUACAUAUGAUCAGUUUUUGUUAUGUAACUACAUUGAAAACCGGUCUAUAAUUUAAUUGUUUUGUUCCCCAUACUGUUUAAAAAAAAAAAAUAUAUAUAUAUAUAUAUAUAAUAGCGCAGCUAAAGUGACUACGAAUGGUUGGUAAACCAUGCAUGAUUGCUAACAUCAACUGUGGUAAAACCUGUAUAAUUAUACUGUAAAACAUGUGGACCUAAAUGUUUGUGUUUGAAGAAUGCAACGCUGACUUUUAUUUUGAAAAAUGCCAUUCCGUCCAGUGUCUAGUCUCAGGUUAUCCUCAGGUAAAGCUGUGUGUUUUAUUAUAUUUUAAGAUUUAUAUGUCGCGAAAGCAUGUCAGUGUUGUUACAUACGUAAAAACAAACAAUCGACUUUCUGGAUCACCAAGGUGAGUCAACAUUUGGAUAUUUCCUUAUAGAUAUGUCAUUCAUCAGCCCGUAGGUGUAGGUCGAGACUCGAGGGUUUUAUUUUUGUUUGUUUGCAAUCUCUAGAAGUACCAAUAUGUCCACACCUAUACCAAACAUGUAAAACUACCAAGUCAGACACGGCAGUCGUAUAUAAACACCAGGAGCGACACGUCAAUGACACACAUGCUGUAAACUGUCAGCACAAAGAUGUGGGUUUUCGGAUACGGAUCUCUGAUUUGGAAAGUGGACUUUCCGUACGAAGACAGACGUGUUGGUUUCGUAAAAGGAUUCAGUCGCAGGUUUUGGCAGGGAAGUACGGAUCACCGAGGGGUACCUGGAAAGCCUGGGCGAGUGGUGACAUUAAUAGAGGACCCUGAGGGUUGUGUAUGGGGUGUUGCUUACAAGUUGCCAUCGGGCCAGGAAAAGGAGGUGAAAGAAUAUCUAGACUACAGAGAGAAGGGUGGGUAUGGAGUGAUAUGCGUUACAUUUUAUCCCAAAGAGAAAGAACACCAGCCCAUGCCGGACACAUUGCUCUACAUAGGAUCCUGCAACAACCCUAAUUACCUUGGCCCAGCUCCUUUGGAGACAAUUGCUCAGCAGAUUGUUAAGUCUGUAGGCCCCAGUGGCAAAAAUACAGAUUACCUGUUUGAGCUUGCCGAUGCCCUUAGGCAACUAUCACCCGAGGACUCGGAUGAACACCUGUUCUCUUUGGAGCGUCUUGUGAAAGAACUGCAGAAACAGGACAAGGAGUGAUCUGUUAUAAUCUACUUUAUCCCUAAUCCUCUGAAGAACUCAGGAAUUUAGGACAUUUGUUUUAAGGGUUUCUUUUAUGCACUAUGACUUAAAGGGAUUACUUGAUGAACUCAGAUAAGAUGCACUUGAAAUCUUGUUAUUCUGUGCAAAUAGGAGUAUUUAAUGUUUUCUGGAAUUUAGGCCAAAUGUUUGUGACGUAUAUCACAUGUUUGGCACGUUGACACUUGUGACAACAUUGGGAAAUGAAUCAUAAGGAGUUGGUUUUGGUCUAUUGCAUGUUAUAGACAGUUGAAAAUUACUAUUUUACCCAAGAUACUUGAAUGUUAUGUAGCAAAGCCAUCUCUAAUCAAUUAAAUUCCUUACCAACUUUACCAUGUAACUUAACUUAAGCACAGCAUU